AAGGAAAGAAGAUAAAACAAAGUUCAAAAGGCACCAUACAACUGUUAAACCUGCAAGAGCUUAAAACUGGGCAAGAAUAAUGAAUGGAUCAUUCAAGCAUACCCCAGUCUAAAACUAAGGCACUACAACAGGACACGUUUGACAUAUGGAGCCCCACAGCUUGAGGCCCAACAAACAGCAUGUGGACAGUAGCCAUAUGUCCCUUUAUUGAAGCUCUCUGGCAAUCACAGAAAGCAUAUCUAAUGCAUUAGAAGAACUGAAUAAGAAGGUGGAUGAUACACCACAAAGCAGAUGACAGUAGGACCAGAAUGAAGAGAUAUAAGUGUCCCUUCAAGUAUCCCAUGAGACAAAAGAUCCUGAUUCUGUUUUUAACAGUGUGGUUGCUUGCACUUCUGAAACUUCUCAAUGUUGAAAGACUCUUAUUCCCUCACAAUGGUAUUUAUUUAGUUGAGCACUUUUUAAGCACUUCUUCUUAUGUUAAAAACAAAUACUCCCAUCUUAGAAACAACUUCCAGUAUGAAAUUAACUGUUCAUGUAUAUAUGAACAAGAACCUAGUGAAAUUGGCAAGAGUUUAGAGAUAAGAAGAAAAGACAUCAUUGAUUUAGAAGACGAAGACGUUAUGGCUAUGACCAACGAUUGUCAGGUGUAUCGUACACUUAGAGGAUACCACCUGAAGCCUGUUUCCCUGGAGGAGGAAAGUUUCCCGUUAGCCUACUCUUUGGUUGUUCACAAAGAUGCAGUAAUGGUUGAAAGACUCAUACACACAAUAUACAGCCGUCAAAAUAUUUACUGCAUCCAUUAUGACCAAAAGUCUGCUAAUACUUUCAAAUGUGCUAUGGACAAUUUAGCUAAGUGCUUCCCCAAUAUUUUCAUUGCAUCUAAAUUGGAGACGGUGGAAUAUGCACACAUUUCCAGGCUCCAAGCAGAUUUUAAUUGUUUGUCUGAUUUGAUGAAGUUGUCGGUUCCAUGGAAGUAUGUUAUUAAUUUGUGUGGUCAAGAUUUUCCUUUGAGGUCAAACUUUGAAUUAGUAUCUGAUUUGAAGAAACUCAAUGGAGGAAACAUGCUGGAGACUGUAAAGCCAAGUAGCAGCAAAAGGGAACGAUUCACAUAUCACUAUGAACUUAAGAGUGCGCCUUAUAAAUACAUGCAGAUGCCUGUAAAAACCAACAUUUCUAAAGAUCCACCACCUCAUAACAUUGAGGUUUUUGUAGGCAGCGCCUAUUUUAUUUUAAGUCGAGCAUUCAUCCAAUAUACCUUUGAAAAAUCUCUUGCUAAAGAUUUUUUUGAAUGGUCCAAGGACACUUAUUCUCCAGAUGAACAUUUCUGGGCAACCCUUGCACGUGUGCCUGGAAUACCUGGGGAGAUUUCAAGGUCAGCUCAUGAUAUAACAGACCUGCAAAGCAAGACUCGCCUGGUGAAAUGGAAUUACCUGGAGGACCACUUGUAUCCUCCUUGUACUGGUACCCAUAUUCGCAGUGUGUGCAUCUAUGGAGCUGCAGAAUUAAGGUGGCUUAUAAAUUAUGGACACUGGUUUGCCAAUAAAUUUGACUCCAAAGUGGACCCUGUUUUAAUAAAAUGCUUGGCAGAAAAACUUGCCAAACAACAGAAGGAAUGGGUUGAUUUGUCUUCCGAAAGCUCUUUCAUGCACAGAAGUUCCGCAGAUGUUUCACUAUAGCGGAACACUACACUCAGUAGUCAAUGUUAUCCAGAGUCUGAUGCUCAAUUGCUUUAGGGUGUAAAAUGCUACCAAAUCAGAAUGCUCCUUCUGCACUAGUGUAAAUGAGUACACAGGGUGCAAUGGAGAAUCAGAAUGCAAUGAAGAGUCAGCCCCCAGACGUGAUGUUAUAUGUUAUGCCCUUCAAGGAUCAUUGUAUAGUUCACCAAAACAACACUGUGUCCUUAAUAUUUUUCAAGGUGAUUCUUAUAAAAAAUCAGCUUCACUUUUGAAUGUUUUUUAGGGAGCUGUGGCACUGUUUGUGGUAAUGGAAUGCUUCAGAUUGAGCUUCCUGCGCAAUAGCUAGGAUAAUUCCUCAUGUCCGUCCUUCUUAUUCCCGUCUUCUUCUUUAAAAGAUUUGAAACAUAGGAAGGAAGAUAUCCAGGUCUGCUACCUCAGAAAAGCUGGAAGGAAAAAACCCAAAACUAAAAUGAGUCUAAAGAGAAAGUCUGAUGACUACUGAGCCAUAGGACUGAUCCUGUGAACCCUCCACUCCCAGUCAGUGGGAGAUGAUGGUGCUAAGCCAUUUGCAGGAUUGGACCCAUAACAAUGAUUUUUGCAAUGUGAGUAUGAUUGGAUGAUAGAAGAGAGAUCCUGGAACCUUGCCCACUGCAUUGGAAGUAGCAGUGUUCUCGCCUGUCUGUCUCUGUAUUUAGUUUCCCCCUCUAUUAAUUUUAUGCUUCCAUACACUUUUCUGUACCUGUGAAUUUUAUGAUGGUUGAUAGAGGCAGCAUUACACACGGCAGUUCUUUUCAAGUCUGUACGUAUUCACCGGAAAUGACAGCUUUCAGAGCUCUGCCUAACAGAAAUCAGUGCCAGAAAACGUAUUAUUCUAGUUCAGUUGCCAUCUCCUCCAUUAGAAACAUCCUCCUGCAAAACCACAGUCAUUCGGGUCAGGGACACCAUUUUAGGAUGGUGCACUGGGUCUAUGUAGAUACAGUAGGUAACAAAUGGAGCUUUUAAUUAGCAUUCAACAGUUUGGUGUUACGUUAAAAUGCAAAAUAUUGACAAGUCCAGAAUUUAUCCUAGCCACAGGCCCAGAUCC